CCUGACGCAAGAUGGCGGAAAUAGUUGGCAACAACAAUACACUUCAUCGAUAUUUAUAGAACAUUAUGCAGAUCUAUUUAGUUAGUUACGACUUUCCCAGGGGAUCAAUAGUACGAAAUUAUAAACUAAAACUAAAAUCAUAUUUUUCCUCUUGCAAUUGCGGAUUACUUUUAUAAAACAACCCUUCAGCAGACAAUACUUGAGUGAACAGCUGACGUCUCCUGCAAAGCAACAAAUCAACGAACUAAAAGUUUUGAACAAGACUAGAAGCUGCUGCUACUGCAAAAUAGAUUCUACUUUUAAAAACAAUAACCUUGUUUACUUCUGGUAAAUGAAUGGAAAACUUGAUUGACAUGUUUGGUCCCGACCAGCAAGAGGAUGUAACAGAACAGGAGCAAGGCAUAGUUCAUUGUUAUCAUGAUGAGCCAAGUACGAUGGAGCAGUUGCCUUCUAAUCUUCCCCCAGAGGAAGAGGAAGGCAAUGUGGAGUACAAGCUAAAGCUUGUGAAACCAUCAGAUUUUAGAAUGGAGCACCUAGUGACCCAAAUGAAAUGGAGAUUAGAGGAAGGCCAUGGUGAGGCUAUCUAUGAAAUAGGAGUGGAGGACAGUGGGUUCCUUGCAGGCUUGUCUGACAAUGAACUCAAGGACUCCCUGGAAACCCUUGAAAAAAUGGCUAACAGACUUGGGGCAUCUUUGAAAAUUCUCCGUGGUAGAGUAACUGAAGUGGGUGAGAAGAAAAGUGUUUUGGAAGUUUUAGUGCGCAAGGUACCAGAUGAUCAGCAGUUUAUAGACCUAAAGCUUGCUGUACUAGGCAAUGUUGAUGUUGGUAAAAGUACUUUGCUUGGUGUUCUCACUCAAGGGGAGUUAGACAAUGGCCGGGGGAGGGCGAGGUUAAAUCUGUUCCGGCACCUUCACGAGAUUCAGUCAGGUAGAACUUCAAGUAUCAGUUACGAGAUUCUAGGAUUUGAUGGCAAUGGGCAGGUUGUGAACUACAGCGCAUGUAGAAGUGUCGAGGAAAUCUGUGAGAAAUCAAGCAAACUUAUAACUCUGAUAGAUUUAGCUGGACAUCAUAAAUAUCUUAAAACAACUAUUUUUGGACUCACAGGAAAUUGCCCUGAUUUCGCCAUGCUUGUAGUCAGUGCAAAUACAGGAAUAGCUGGUACUACUAAAGAGCAUUUAGGUUAUGCGCUAGCCUUAGAUGUGCCAGUGUUUGUGGUGGUGAAUAAAGUUGACGUGUGCCGUCCAGCUAUGCUGGAGAAGACGUUGACCCAGCUAGAGGAAAUUCUCAAGUCACCAGGGGUCAAGCGUGUACCCAUGCGUGUGUGUAACUCAGAUGAUGCUAUAACGGCAGCUAGUAACUUAGAAACUAAAAAGGUAACUCCAAUUUUCAUGGUGUCCUGUGUGACAGGGAAAAACCUGGACCUCUUGAAACAAUUUUUGAACAUCCUGCCACCAGGCACACCACACAGUGAGAGGGAGAGACUAGCGCAAGACAUGACAGAGUUUCAGAUAGACGAGUUGUACUCAGUACCUGACGUGGGAACUGUAGUGGGUGGCAUCAUUCACAGAGGGUCAAUCCGUGAGGGUGACCGCCUGAUGCUAGGACCCACUGAUGAGGGAAGUUAUAAAGAGGUUAUGGUCAAGACUGUCCACAGAAACCGGUUGCCCUGCCGGCUCAUACAGGCGGGUCAAGCUGCUUGUGUAGCACUGGCUGACGUUGAAAGAGAAGAAUUAAGAAAGGGCAUGGUACUUCUCAGUCCAGAAUCUCCAUUGAAUUGUUGCAAAGAAUUUGAAGCUGAUAUCUAUGUUCUGUUUCACAACAAAAGCAUCACCUUAAAUUUCCAGACAACAAUCCACAUUGGCACAGUCUGCCAGACAGGAUACAUCACUAAAAUAGACCGGGAACAUAUAAAAACCAAUGAAAAAGCAAGAGUGACCUUCACCUUUAGAUUUAAACCAGAGCAUAUUCGUGUAGGAGCCAGACUGCUCUUCAGAGAUGGGAGAUCUAAAGGAAUGGGUGAGGUAACAAAAGUUAUACCCCUUGAGAAGGAUGUCAAUCGAUGAGUGGCCCCACUUCAUAGCCCAGCUUAGCACUAGGAAAAGGAAUAUUCCUGUAGUUUUCUACACAGUUCUUUCUAUUCAAUCUGCUUUUUUUGUAUUAGCUACAAAUUAGAAUGCAUGUGUGUUUGCCUACUAGAUCACAUAUUUGAAACCGGUGUUCUGUCAUUAUCUCUGUGUGUUGUACACUUUACUGAUACUGCCAUACAGGGAUUCUGACAAAUUAUAUUCAUGCCUUUAUUGAAAAGUACUGUUAACAAAAUAAAACAUGACAUCAAAUGAACAAGUCACCUUCAUGUGGCAGUAUAAACAUUACUAUUGUAAAGAAAACAAUUUGCUGAUGUUAACCUAUCAAGACACUUAGGUUAAAUGAUUGUUAAUUACUUACAUGCAAAACUGAAUUCUUUUUUUACCAUAAGCACUUGAAAUUUGGCUAGUCAGAUGUGUGUGGUAUAACUAAUGGUGGCACUCCAUUUAAAGCAUUGAAAACACUUUUUUCUCUUUCCCUAUAUUUUCUAUACAUAACUCUUAAAGUGUAAAUUAAAGAGCUAAGAAAAGUGUUUUUUUGGCUGACUGAAAAUGGAGUGUCACUGUUCAGCUUAGUGGUGACCUGAGAAUCUCGCUCUUGGACUCAUUCAAAUAGGGCCACAGUUUAGGGCAGUUAACCUAGAAACUCUAGUGCUACCUGCUAUUCCUGGGAGCUUUAAAGUCUGGAACAGUUUAACUCAGAGGAGCUUU